AACUUUUCACUUACUUUUUUUAUUUUUUUUAUGCAAAAUGACUUGUUGUGAAGGUAAUAGGUUGUUACCUUAGUGCAUUCUUAGCAAACACUCUUUAUAGUUGAAAUUGUUUAUGUUUGAUCAAAAGUUAAGAUUAGUGUAGGAAAAUAAGUAAAAUAUUAAAUUAUUCUGGAUAUUUUUCCAACAAACAAAUAUCAUGUAUUUUUACCCUCGAGCUACCUAGCUAAUUAAAAAAUGGAGGCGAUUUUUAGAAUCAUAAUGAGAUACAUGUAGAGAAAUUUUAGUCUAAAGAAAAAGGGGAGACAUUCCUCAAAUUAUGGAAGUAAUUUACCAUUAUAAGCAUGAGAAAAACAAGGACAAUCUAUAAACCAUAAAUUCUUGGAACUAAAUUUGUGCAUUAUCUAAUUGAACCAAAGAAUGUAAGCAAUGUAAAUUACACAAAAAAUAUUUCCUUAAAUUGUUCAUUUAUUUUUUCAAUCACAUUCUAAUGUAACUUACCAAAUUCCUUAAAAUCUUAUAUUAAAUCAUAAAAAAUUCAAAUCAAUUUAUAUAAUUAGCAUGAACGUUAUACUAUGUCAUCAAAAAAAUCAUCAUCUUUGUCUUCACUCAAUAACAAUAACAAUAACAAUACGAGACCACCACAAUCAGUACGAUUUGGUGAGUCGAUGAAUUAUACAGUUAUGAUGCCCCCAACACCCGAUAAUCAACCGGGUGUUGGGGCAUCAUCUUCAUCUCGAUACGGAGAUAUUGAUCAAGAUGUUAAUAAUGGGCCCACAGGAGGAUUAGCAGGAAGGUUAGAUAGAAGAGUUUCUGUAUUGAAAUCUAAUAAUAAGUCUAUGUUAAUGAGAAGCCAAACAGCAGAUUUUGAUCAUAAUAGAUGGUUAUUUGAAACUAAAGGUAAUUAUGGUAUUGGGACUGCUUGGGCUGAGAAAGAUAAUGAUUAUGAUGCUACUACUGCUGGUAUGACUAUGGAGGCUUUUACUGAUAAGCCAUGGAAGCCCCUUACUCGAAAAAUCAAUGUUCCGCCUGCCAUUAUUAGCCCUUACAGGUUACUAGUGGUGAUCCGUUUGGUAGCGCUAGUCUUAUUUCUUGGCUGGCGAGUAACCAACCCAAAUGAAGAUGCACUAUGGUUAUGGGGAUUAUCUAUUGUUUGUGAAAUUUGGUUUGCAUUUUCUUGGUUACUGGAUCAAUUACCAAAGCUUAACCCAAUUGAUAGAGCAGUAGAUCUUGCAGCAUUACAUGAAAAAUUUGAACAGCCUUCACCCAUGAACCCACAUGGUCGCUCGGAUCUUCCGGGUAUGGAUAUAUUCGUAUCCACAGCCGACCCGGAUAAAGAACCUCCACUUGUUACUGCAAAUACCAUAUUAUCUAUACUUGCUGUUGAAUACCCUGUUGAGAAAGUUUCUUGCUAUAUAUCUGAUGAUGGAGCAGCCAUGUUGACUUUUGAGGCUAUGGCUGAAGCUAUAAACUUUGCUGAACUUUGGGUACCCUUUUGUAGAAAGCACAAGAUUGAGCCUAGGAACCCGGAUACUUAUUUUAAUCUUAAGAUCGAUCCGACAAAGGAUAAGAAAAAACCCGACUUUGUUAAGGAUCGUAGGUGGAUCAAGAGGGAGUAUGAUGAGUUUAAAGUUCGUAUUAAUGGUUUACCUGAUGUGAUUCAAAAACGAUGUAAGAUGUAUAAUUCGAAAGAAUCGCAAAGAAAUGCGAAUAAAUCGAUUGAUGGGAAGGAUCAGAAUGAUGGAGAUGAACAAGUAGAGGUGGAAAACGCUACAUGGAUGGCCGAUGGAACACAUUGGCCGGGGACUUGGUACCAAAAGGCUCCGGAUCAUGCUAAAGGAGAUCAUGCCGGGAUUUUGCAGAUAAUGAGUAAAGUGCCUGAAACAGAUCCAGUUAUGGGUCAUCAUGAUGAGAAAAAGCUCGAUUUUACUGGUGUAGAUAUUCGCAUACCUAUGUUCGUAUACGUGUCUAGGGAGAAACGGCCAGGUUAUGACCAUAACAAGAAGGCGGGUGCUAUGAACGCAUUAGUGAGAGCUUCGGCUGUGCUUUCGAAUGGACCUUUUAUCCUUAAUCUAGAUUGUGACCAUUAUUUUUAUAAUUCAAUGGCCAUUAAAGAAGGAAUGUGUUAUAUGAUGGAUCGCGGUGGGGAUAGGAUUUGUUACGUACAAUUCCCUCAAAGAUUUGAAGGAAUCGAUCCUUCUGAUCGAUAUGCUAACCAUAAUACUGUUUUCUUUGAUGGGAAUAUGCGCGCCUUAGAUGGUCUUCAAGGUCCGGUUUAUGUAGGAACUGGAUGUAUGUUUCGAAGAUAUGCACUAUACGGCUUUGAUCCUCCUAGGGUGAACGAGUACACAGGGAUAUUUGGACAGUAUAAGAAAUCAACACCCAGUGUUAGUAGACAAAGUUCUGAGCGGGAAGAAGAAACUGAUACCGAGACACAGCAUUUGGCUCCACAUCCUGAUUUAGUGCUUCCUAAAAAGUUCGGGAAUUCGAGUAUUUUCACUGAUUCUAUAUCUGUUGCUGAGUUCCAAGGACGGCCUUUGGCUGACCAUGUUUCGGUGGCAAAUGGUCGCCCUCCGGGUGCUUUAAUCCAUCCUCGUCCUCCUCUUGAUGCACAGACUGUUGCAGAGGCUGUUGCUGUUAUCUCUUGCUGGUAUGAAGAUAAUACAGAAUGGGGAACAAGAAUAGGCUGGAUCUAUGGAUCAGUGACCGAAGAUGUUGUGACAGGGUACAGAAUGCAUAAUAGAGGAUGGCGAUCCAUUUAUUGCAUAACAAAACGAGAUGCAUUCCGAGGAACUGCACCAAUCAACCUCACAGAUCGGUUACACCAAGUCCUUCGUUGGGCCACCGGAUCAGUCGAAAUUUUCUUUUCAAAAAACAAUCCUAUGGUCGCAACAAGGCGACUUAAGUUCCUACAACGUGUAGCAUAUCUAAACGUAGGCAUUUACCCGUUCACUUCAAUAUUCCUAGUUGUGUACUGCUUUCUACCCGCUCUGUCCCUUUUCUCAGGCCAAUUUAUAGUACAAGGGUUAAGUAUUCCUUUCCUUAGUUACCUCCUUACUAUAACCAUCACUCUUAUGCUCCUUUCACUUCUCGAGGUUAAAUGGUCAGGAAUCGGCCUAGAAGAGUGGUGGCGGAAUGAACAAUUUUGGGUCAUCGGAGGCACGAGUGCACACUUUGCUGCAGUCUUACAAGGCCUACUCAAAGUCAUUGCCGGGGUUGAGAUUUCGUUCACUUUAACUUCAAAAUCCGCUGCAGAAGACGAGGAUGAUGUGUUUGCCGAUCUUUAUGUAGUGAAAUGGACAAGUCUAUUUUGUAUGCCUCUUACUAUUAUUGUCAUCAAUAUGGUUGCUCUUGUUAUCGGGUUUUCGAGAACAAUUUAUAGUGUCAUCCCAGAAUGGAAUAAACUGUUGGGUGGCUGUUUUUUUAGCUUAUGGGUGUUGGCUCAUAUGUACCCAUUUGCAAAGGGACUCAUGGGAAGGAGAGGAAGGGUGCCUACUAUAGUUUGGGUUUGGUCUAUAUUACUUUCUACUACUGUGUCUUUGCUUUGGAUUACUAUUAGUCCUCCACAAGGUAAUGUAAGUCUUUCGGGUGGUGGUGUUCAAGUCUAGAGAGUUACUAGUUACUACACCGUUCCAUUGAAUUCGCUAAGUCUGUUGUAAAAGGUUCUCACAUUGAAGAUGUAAAUGUAGCAGAUUCAAUGCUGUGGAGGAGCACAUAUGUAUGUUUGUAGUGUAUAGCACAUUUUUUGUCAUAAGAGCUACUUUUUGGCUACUUGCAAUGGACUAUUCAAGCUAUUAGUCAUUUUUACAUGUAAUGAAUGAUAGACUAAAGCUUAAUUGAAAUUCUCGAACUCUUUACAAACUUGCUCUAGAAAAGUGAGUUUAGAAGUUUUAUGAAAUGUUAAUUUUAUCUUAUUGUAAUUUCUAAUCUUUGAUUGCAAUUUCCAACUAUCUGAGCAGAACGAUUACAAGUGUCUCAUUUUCAUUUAGUAUUUAUAUCUUAAUAUGUAAUUUUUCACAUUAUGUGUUAUCUUUUUACAACUCCGUCCAUUACAUAUGAUUGUAAUUUGCAAGUAUCUCUUUUCAUUUUGAGUUUUUUUUUAAAUGUGUCUCAUUUUCUUGUUCAAAAUGUUAUUUAGUUGUUUAUAUUCCACAUUAUCCAUCAAUUUUAAUUUUCAUCCACCAACACAUUUUCUUGAAAACAGUUGUAGGGGCAU